AGAGAGCAUGCGCAGAGAAUGAGCUUCUGGAGUAGGAAGAAACAGCCUCCAAGGAAACAGUCAUAAAACACGAGAGGCCGCCCUUCAAUUGGUUGAAAGCACCGGGCAUGCGACACGCGUGGCCGGAUCACCGCUCCGAGGAAAUUUCCAUGGAUAGAGAGGUAUCGACGACGUCAAAAGGCCACGCAUUUUGACUCGCCCUCGUCAAGUACCAUGAACGUCCACCACUCCCCUUUGCACCUGAGGCAUCCACGAGAUGGUUCUCAUGGGCAUAAGUACGAGGACAUCCCUAAGCCUAAUCUCCCGUUCCUUUCCCUUCUCUUGUGGACCGACACUUCGCUUGUCUGGUUCGUGAGUUGAAGAGAAAGCAGAGUGACGCUAAAGAUGGGAGCCUCCGACGGACACCAGUCGUCUGCCAUCGUUGAGACGGAGAGCGUCGGCAGCGACCAGGUGGGCUUCAGUGGCCCGCUCAAUAAGCACGGCGGCGGCAGCAACCGUAAGAGUGCUCGCUUUAACCUCCCUCCCCCUCCCGCAGCCCCCGUCGACGGCGAGACCUUCUUGGAGAUCACUCUCGACGUGACAGACGACAGCGUCGCGGUCCACAGCGUCAAGCCGGCAGCCGGUGGAGUGGGAGGGAAGGAGGAGGACCCGGAGGAGGUCUCGCUGCUGGUGCAGAAGCUGGAGCGGCAAUCCGCGUCGUUCGGGUCGUCGGUGCUCCGCUCCGCGUCGUCGCGGAUCCGGCAGGUGUCGCAGGAGCUCCGACAGCUUGCCUCGCUCACCAAGCGCCCGGCCGCGCCCCGGCUCGACCGGUCCAAGUCGGCCGCCGCCCACGCGCUCAAGGGCCUCAAGUUCAUAACCAAGGCCAACGGCGCCGCCGGAUGGCCAGCCGUCGAGAAGCGCUUCGACCGGCUCUCCGUCGACGGCGCCCUCCACCUCUCCCUCUUCGGCCAGUGCAUAGGCAUGAAGGAGUCGUCGGAGUUCGCGGGAGAGCUAUUCGACGCACUAAAGAGGAGGAGAAGCAUCACCGGAGACAAGAUAACCAAGGCGGAGCUGAGGGAGUUCUGGGAUCAAAUCUCCGACCAAAGCUUCGAUUCCCGCCUCCAGACCUUCUUCGACAUGGUGGACAAGGACUUGGACGGAAGGAUCACAGAAGAGGAGGUCAAAGAGAUCAUAUCGCUGAGUGCUUCGGCCAACAAGCUCUCCAAGAUCCAAGAAAAGGCGGAAGAGUACGCCCGCCUCAUCAUGGAGGAAUUGGACCCAGAUAACGUCGGCUACAUCGAGAUAUACAACCUGGAGAUGCUGCUGGUGCAAGCGCCGAGCCAGUCGAUGCAACUUGCGACGGCCAACAGCCGCAACCUCAGUCAGCUGCUCAGCCAGAGGCUGAAUCCGACGCAGGAGCGCAACCCGCUCAGGCGGUGGUACCAGCGGGCCAAGUACUUCAUGGAGGACUACUGGCAGCGGGUAUGGGUGGUGGUGCUGUGGCUCUGCGUCUGCGCCGCCCUCUUCGCCUGGAAGUUCGUGCAGUACCGCCGCCGCGCGGUGUACCACGUCAUGGGCUACUGCGUUUGCGUCGCCAAAGGCGGCGCCGAGACACUCAAGUUCAACAUGUCGCUCAUCCUCCUCCCCGUCUGCCGCAACGCCCUCACCUGGCUUCGCACCAGGACGAAGCUCGGCAAGGUGCUCCCCUUCGACGACAGCCUCAGCUUCCACAAGGUGAUCGCGGCGGGCAUCGCAGUGGGCUUGGGGCUGCACGCGAUCGCGCACCUGACGUGCGACUUCCCGCGGCUGCUUCACGCGACGGACGCGGAGUACGAGCCGAUGAAGCCCUUCUUCGGGGACGCCCGGCCGAGCGACUACUGGUGGUUCGUGAAGGGGACGGAGGGGUGGACGGGGGUGGCCAUGGUGGUGCUGAUGGCCGUGGCCUUCAUUCUCGCCACCCCCUGGUUCCGCCGCGGCGCCAUCAGCCUGCCCAAGCCCCUGCACCGCCUCACCGGCUACGACGCCUUCUGGUACUCCCACCACCUCUUCGUCAUCGUCUACGUCCUCCUCGUCAUCCACGGCUACUUCCUCUAUCUCACCAAGAAAUGGUACAAGAGAACGACCUGGAUGUAUGUGGCGAUCCCGGUGGUCCUCUACGCGAGCGAGCGGCUGACGAAGGUGAUGAGGUCGAAGAUCCAAGUGGUGAAGAUACUAAAGGUGGCGGUGUACCCGGGCAACGUGCUGGCUCUCCAUGUAUCCAAGCCACCGGGCUUCACGUACCGAAGCGGGCAGUACAUCACCGUCAACUGCGCCGCUGUCUCCCCCUUCCAAUGGCAUCCGUUCUCCAUCACGUCGGCUCCGCAAGACGACUACAUCAGCGUCCACAUACGGUCGGCGGGCGACUGGACCAGUCAGCUGAUAGAGGUGUUCUCCAAGGCGUGUCAGCCAUCGACCGCUGGGAAAAGUGGGCGGCUGAGAGCUGACAUCAAUGACGGCAGCGACGAUGGAGUGAGUCCAAGCUUCCCAAGAGUGCUAAUCGACGGGCCAUACGGCGCGCCGGCACAAGAUUACGAGAAGUACGAGGUGGUGCUAUUGGUGGGGCUGGCAAUCGGCGCCACCCCCUUCAUCAGCAUCGUCAAGGACAUCCUCAACAACAUAAAGCAGCGGGACGUCGAGGAGGGCGGCGGCGGCCGGUCCUCGACGGAGGCGAACUCGUUCAGAACGCGGCGGGCUUACUUCUACUGGGUGACACGGGAGCAGGACUCGUUCGAGUGGUUCAGGGGGGUGAUGGACGAGGUGGCGGAGGCGGACGCGCAGGGCGUCAUCGAGCUCCACAACUACUGCACCAGCGUGUACGAGGAGGGCGAUGCCCGCGCCGCCCUCAUCGCCAUGCUGCAGUCCCUCAACUACGCCAAGCACGGGGUGGACGUGGUGGCGGGCACCCGCGUCAAGUCCCACUUUGCCCGCCCCAACUGGCGCAAUGUCUACAAGCGGAUCGCGCUCAACCACCCCGACCAACGCAUAGGUGUGUUCUACUGCGGUAAACCGACACUGGUGAAAGAGCUUCGGCAGCUGGCGCAGGAUUUCUCGCACAAGACCACGACAAAGUUCGACUUCCACAAGGAGAACUUCUAAGCAAACGCACGCCAAUAGUAUUUUUACCUAACAGCCCAAGUUUAACUGCAUAAGUCUGUUCUACCUACAAAAAAAAAAAAAAUUAAACAAAGGGCAUCUUCAUCAAUCAUUAAAGGCUUAA